AUGAAUCUCCUUGCCUCUCUUGCCGCGCUCCCUCGGGAGAUCGCGUCCACGCUGCACAUGAAGCCCGUGCAGGCCCUGAUCUGGCUGACCUGCUGGGCCUGCUGGACCCUGGGGUCGCUCCAGUACUACGCGCUGCCGUUCGUGCUGAGCGACGUGGCCGACUACCUGAAGGUGGCCCAGACGAAUGUGUCCGAGGCCAACACGACGACGAUGCUGUCGCGCGCGGUGGGCGCCGUGAUCUUUGGCAUCCUGUCCGACCAGUACGGGCGGAAGAUCCCCAUGCUGGUCGAUCUGGUGCUGAUGUGCGGCUUCACCGUGGCCACGGGGUUCUCGCAGAACUUCGGGCAGCUGAUCGGAUUCCGGCUCCUGUUUGGGGUCUCCUACGGGGGCACGUACGGGCUGGCGAUGGCGACGGUGCUGGAGGCCGUGCCGGCGAGGGCCCGCGGCGUGGUGGCCGGCUUCACCCAGCAGGGCUUCUCCGCGGGCUACCUGUUUGCCUCGGGGCUGCAUCUGGGGAUGAACCCCUAUGGCUGGCGCUCCCUGUUCUGGGUGUGUGCCGGACUGACGGUGCCCGUGCUGAUCGUCCAUGCCCUGACCCCCCACUACACCGUCGCCACUGCGCGCCACGACGAGGAGCAUGGCGGCGACAGUGCCCCGGAUGCCCGGGCUGCCGUGGGUGGCAACCUCCCCUUCCUCAAGAAGGUGACCUACGUGCUGCGCUACCACUACAAGGCGUUCAUCUACGCGUGCUGCCUGACCUCGUGCCUGGCCACCAUGGGCCACGGCACGAUGGACCUGUACCCGACCUUCCUGGUCACCCAACGCAAGCUGAACAUCCACCAGGAGACCUACGUGACCUGCAUCCUGCAGAUCGGCGGCAUCCUCGGCGGCGUGGUGGGGGGGUUCCUCGCGCACAAGUUCAGCGCCAAAUGGGUGGCCCUCGUCUCGGGCCUCCUCAUCGCCCCCUGGCUGCCGCUGUGGGUGCUGCCCACGAGCUGGAACCUGCUCGCCCUGGGCGCCUUCUUCCUGCAGUUCUUCUACGGCGCGGCGAUCGGCAAUCUGGGCAAUAUGCUGCAGCAGUUGUGUCCGCACCCGGGCAUCCGCGCGGCCUUUACGGGCGUGGCGUAUAACAUCGGCAAUGCGGUGUCGUCCAUUGCGCCCACGAUCGAGACGAGUCUGGGCGAGAGGUUUCCGACCGCGGAUGGGACUCCGAACUAUGCGCGGACGCAGAUGAUCCUGGUGGGCAUCGUGAUCUUCUGCCUCACCCUGACCCUCAUCCUCAUGCCCCUUAACCAGCUGAACAAGGACUGGGACCGGGAGGACCCGAACGCGCGCAUCCCCGGGGUGGAGGCGAACGAGGUGGACAAACCGGAGGGGAAAGGGGAGGAGGGGGAGAGGGGAGGAUCGAGCCAUGUGGAGGAUGUGAAGGCGUAG